CACACACAUGUUCAUUCUUAAGACCUCCCCCUCUAUAUAUACUUGAAGUCUCCUGAAUAUUAAGGUCGUGCCAUUAGCUUUUGAUUUCAGAAAAACACUUACAACAAAGAUCUUUCUUACUUCGAAGAAAUCUUCUUCCCCCUUCGAAAAAAAUCCUAAACCCGGAACCAAAGAUCGACAUUAAUGGCUCUCUUCGACACUCAUAACACAUGGGCCUUUGUUUUCGGCUUGCUCGGAAACCUCAUUUCCUUUGCUGUUUUCCUCUCUCCCGUGCCAACGUUCUACAGGAUUUGUAAGAAGAAAACCACAGAAGGAUUUCAAUCUAUUCCCUACGUGGUGGCGCUCUUCAGCGCGAUGCUUUGGCUCUACUACGCUACUCAGAAGAAAGAUGUCUUCCUUCUCGUCACCAUCAAUAGCUUUGGUUGCUUCAUUGAAAUAAUAUACAUCUCCAUCUUCGUUGCCUUCGCAUCCAAGAAAGCUCGAAUGCUCACGGUGAAGCUGUUGUUGCUAAUGAACUUUGGAGGAUUCUGUUUGAUUCUCCUGCUCUGCCAAUUCUUGGCCAAAGGAACCACACGUGCCAAGAUCAUUGGAGGAAUCUGUGUCGGAUUCUCUGUCUGCGUUUUCGCUGCGCCGCUUAGCAUUAUCAGAACGGUGAUAAAGACGAAAAGUGUGGAGUACAUGCCAUUUAGCUUAUCCUUGACUCUUACCAUCAGUGCGGUUAUAUGGCUUCUUUAUGGUCUUGCUCUUAAGGAUAUCUAUGUUGCCUUCCCUAACGUGAUUGGGUUUGUUCUCGGUGCACUUCAAAUGAUACUUUACGUGGUUUACAAAUACUGCAAAACGCCGUCGGAUUUGGUUGAAAAAGAACUCGAAGCCGCGAAAUUGCCAGAAGUGAGCAUUGAUAUGCUGAAGUUAGGUACACUGACAUCUCCUGAACCAGCAGCGAUCACAGUCGUCCGAUCCGUGAACACGUGUAACUGUAACGAUCGAAAGGCUGAGAUUGAAAAUGGUCUUGGAGUUAGAAACAGUGCAACUGCUACUUGAGUUAGCCCUAUAUUAUUAAGAAACCUAUUUGUUGACUAUUUUGACUUUGUACCCUUCUUGAUAUACCCACCCAUCACUAGCAUCCACGUGUACUCACUUCGCUGUCGUAAUUUUCUGAGUUUAUCAAAGUGUGCGAAGUCGAGGAUUAAUUAAUCGGGAAAUACAUUUUCCUGAGUUGAUUUUUUCUCUUCUUCUUUUAAUUAUUGGAUAAUGUAAUUAAAUUAUCUGUUGGAUAUAAAUAUUUAUUAUUUUCCAAGUUGAAAAGAAUUUGAAAUUUCUCAA